AUGGCGGCCAACAACCAGGCUUUCUACGAGCUGUACCGAGGAAGCAGCAUCGGUCUGGCCCUGACUGAUACCCUCGACGACCUGAUCGCCCAUGUGAACCCGGAGACGAACCAGCCCGAACCUCUGAUCCCACCGCAACUGGCUAUGAAGAUCCUCGCGUCCUUCGACCAGGCCAUUGCCGAGGUGCUGCAGAAGAACGUUAAGAACCGCUUGUCGUUCAAGGGAAGCCUGGAUACCUACCGAUUCUGCGACGAGGUCUGGACAUUUUUGAUCAAGAACGUCACCUUCAAGAUGGACCACGGUCACCCACCCGUCACGGCGGACAAGAUCAAGAUUGUCAGCUGCAACGCAAAGAAGCCCGGAGAGACAUAG